AGUGCGAAAUGGGCAAAAAGAAAAACUCAAACAAGUCGGCUGCUGCUGCACCAGCAGUUAAGCAUAACGACAGAUGGUCCAGUAUUGAGCUCGGUGAAGCUAAAAGUGCAGCUGUUUCCCACUACAAAGAGCCCUCAAAAGAGCCGAAAUUUGUGCAUCCAGCCAAGCUGGAGAAAGUGAAAAGAAUUCACGAUGGAUUGAAUAUCGAUCGAGUUCUUUCACAUGGGCCAGUUCCGAAACAAAAUGGAGGAACCAAGAGAAAACAUGUGGAGGUGACAACACAAAAGUUAGAGAACAAGAAGCCAAAAGUUGAGGUGAAAAAGGAAGAUGAGAAGAGUAAGAAUAAGAAGAUGAAAAAUCAGAAUAAACACACAGCACUUGUCCAAAAUGAGACUUCCACAAGAUCCACAUACUUUGUAGAAGAGCCUGAUAAUGAAAAUAAGGUGACUCUGAUCUCAAAUGGACGGGAAAUUGCGUUCAAGAAGACAGAAGUUGUGGAAAGUGACGAUGAGCAAAUGAUUGGACUGGAUAGUGAUGAAGAGCUGGAAGAUGAAGAUGAAACUGAUAUUGAUGAAGAUGAAAUGAUGAUUGAUCCGAAGGAUAUUGAGAGAUAUAUUAAUUUUGAAUCAGUGGAGGAUGAGGAAGACAUGGAGGAUGAGGAGAUUGAGGAUGAAGAGUUUGAAGAUGAAGAGUUUGAGGACGAGGAGGAAGAAGCUGAUGAGCAAGAAGAAGAAGAAGAAGAUGUCUCUGACGAAGAAUCUGUUGUCUCAGAAAUGGAUGCAGACUCUGAUGACGAGGGAUUCAUUGCUGGAAAGGAUCGUGAAGCCCAUGUGAUUUCCAAGGACAAGUUCACCCGUAACGCCCCAGCCGUGGACUUUGACAAGUUCCCCUUUACCGAUGAAGACUCCGUGGUCACUUCUUCUCGAGCAUUUGGAUUUAUGAUUUCGCCGUGUGAUGUUCAGACUUUCUUUGACAAAUUCUACCAAUCGAAUGUUCUUGUGGUGCGUCGCAAGCAGCCGACAUACUUUGGCAACCUUUUCUCAACUGCCCGACUCGGCGAGCUUCUCGAGAAGAACCAUUUGGAGUAUGGACGGAAUAUCAAUAUUGCACAGUACAAAAAUGGGGUUAGAACUACGUUGAAUGGACAAGGACGUGCCUACCCGCAAAUUGUUAAGCAGCACCUUCAUAACAUGUGCUCUGUUCAACUCGUCAACCCCCAAACCUACGAUGAUCGUAUCUGGUACCUGUGUGAAGUGAUUCAGGAGCAAUUUGGAUGCUUUGUUGGUGCAAAUACCUAUCUUACACCAGCAGGAAGCUCUGGUUUUGCCCCACAUUGGGAUGAGAUCGACGCGUUUCUUCUUCAAGUUGAGGGACGGAAAUAUUGGAGAGUCUGGGCUCCAGAAUCAGCUGAAGAGGAGCUUCCACUUGAGUCUAGUGACAACUUCACGGAAGACGAUAUGAAAGGACGAGAGCCAGUUUUCGAGGGAUGGAUUGAGAAGGGAGAUAUGAUUUAUAUUCCAAGAGGCUACAUUCAUCAAGCAAGAACCGAUUCGAAAGUUCAUUCUCUUCAUGUGACAGUUUCUACGGGAAGACAAUGGAGUUUUGCCAACUUGAUGGAGAAAGUAGUGCCCGAAGCAAUUGGAGUACUCACUGACACACGUCACAAGUUGCGACGUGGAUUGCCAACUGGAUUGUUUGAUAUGGGAGGAGUUAUUGAUUUGGACUAUUCACAAGAGGAUCAUUUUGUCGAGAAGUUCAAGAUGGUUGUUGACAGGCAUAUGAGCAUGUUGAGAAACUUGGUGGCAGAUCAGCUUUUGGAAAGUUCGGUGGAUAGUCUGGCGAAAGAGUUUAUGAAGCAAGCAUUGCCACCGAGGUUGACUGAACAGGAGAAGAAGCUCAGCGUCCUUGGCUCAUCAACAAAUCUUCUUGGAGAUGACCUCGUCGAUUUCACUGCUCGAACCAAAGUUCGUUUGAUUCGAAGACACACUCAACGACUGCUGAUGGAGAGUGAAGAUGCCUGCUUCAUUAGUCAUCGAAUCAACAAUUCUCGACUUUUCGAAGGACGUCCAGAGCAGAUUGUUGAAUAUCCGAUUAGUGGAAUUGAUGCGUAUAGGGUCCUGUCAAAUUCUUAUCCUGAAUGGAGAACUCUGUAUGAGAUCUUCUCGUUGAGAGAGACGAAGACGAAGAGCAGAAAAGAGAACUUGGCAGCCAUCCAACUUUUGUUCCAGAUUGGGGUUCUUUUGGUUAAGAAUUGAAUUUUUAAAGAAUUAUUUAUUUGAAAAACUUGCGUAAAGUAGGUUUUCUUUACUGUUUCUUUGUUUUUUUCUUGUUACCAUCUUUUAUGCCUACUCUUCGUGCCUACCAGGCGUGGGAGGCAGGCUUGUCAAAUGUUUUUCAUGUUAUAUUACUUUCUUUCUUGUUAUCAUUAUUAUUUGUGAAUGAAAUUUUU